AUGGCAAGAGGGUCUAACAGAUAUGUCCCUGUAAAUCAACAGGAUGAGGACAGCAGUCCUGAUGAUUCAGUUGGUGUGAGUUUGGACUCAGCGGAACCUCCACCAUUGCCCCCAUCUUAUGACGAAACAGAAACGGGUAACAAUAAUUUCGAGCCCAUGGAGUUAGAGGAGGGACCGGAAAUUGAAGAAUUAGGGAGGAUAGCGCGAUUGAAGCGCAGAUUCAAGGACUACGUCAUGAUACCAAUGCGUGAAAAAAUCACUGAUCCUCUAGCUGAGAUACUUUCGCUCAUUUCCCACAAGGUUGACUUUUAUUUGAACAAGAUUGGAAAUCCAUUAAUUCUAAGACGGUUUGUUUACAUAUUUGCAAUGUCUUUUGUGAUUUAUUAUAUUUCUAUGAGUGGGCUACUGCCCAAUGAGAGAACUAUGGGGACGAGAGGAAUGUUCUCAGAUAAAGCCCAGUUGAUAGCUUACGCUAAACGGGCUAUUGAUCUAUCGAAAGUUGAGAGCGAUAUGGAAUAUCUGAGCAGAAUGCCUCAUAUGGCUGGUACCAAGGGGGACUAUGCUAUUUCCCGGUAUGUUGAAGAAUCACUCGUGAACAAUGGGAUAAGAUUACAUGUUGCCACCCAAUUUGAUACCUAUCUUGACUAUCCUGGAAAUGUUUCACUAGUGGCUUUCUCAAACUCUGGUGAAGAGAUUCACAUAGAGACAAAUGAAUUGAACUUCAACCCGUUGAGCGCUAGUGGCAAAGUUGAAGGUGCAUCAUUGCUUUACGCGCAUUAUGGAACAAAGUCUGAUUAUGACAACCUUAAAGAGAAGGGACUUUUAAGUGAAAAUACGGCAGUUUUGGUACAUUACGGCAAUUUGGUGAGCGAGCAAGUGCUAAGAGCCCAACAGUAUGGAAUUAAGGCGAUUUUAUUCAUAUCGGAUACAGGCUCCGAAAAUGACCCUGAUAUGGUUCAAAGAAGAUCUGUAGCACUAUCACAGUAUGCUAUGGGUGACCCACUGACUCCUGGUUGGGCUUCCACCCUUCCAAAAAAGAUUCCCUUUGAAGAUUCGCCCAUAGCUCCAAGAAUACCUACCAUUCCCUUAUCAUCGCGUCAAGCUCAACAACUCAAGAAACUCCUUUCCUCAGAUGGAUCUUUAGAUUUUAAUGAUGGUUGGCAUAGUGGAAAGAUCGGUGAUGCAACCAUAAACUUGGAGCUAGAAAACAGCAUAAGACCAACGCACCUCAGUUGGAAUGUCGUUGGCAAAAUUGAAGGUAGAGAACAGAACGACAAAGCAAUAGUUAUUGGCGCAGCUCGUGAUUCGUCUUGUUUUGGAGCAAGUUAUCCUAACUUUGGCACUGCUAAUCUUCUGUCUUUGGUACAACUAUUCCAACAGAUAAGGUAUAAAUUUGAUUGGAGACCUCUGAGGAAUAUAUAUUUUAUUUCUUAUGAUGCCUCAAACUACGGAAAUGCAGGCUCUACCGAGUUACUAGAAGUUGAACUUUCAAAAAUGAAAAAUGAAAUAUAUGCUGUACUUGAUAUCAGUCAACUAGGUAUUGAUCCAGACAAUAACAAAUUGGACAUCCAAGCUCAUCCACUUUUGUUUAGUUUCUUCAACGAUCAAAGCACGAAAAUGGAAUUUGACAUCAAUGUGAGAACUGUACAGCAGUAUGGUGAUUGGUCAAGUUACAUGGCGAAUGGAAUUCCUGUAGCCGUAUUAUCUACGGAUCAUGUGCGCACGAGGAAGGCCCCUAUAGAUACCUGCUCUGAUACCUUCGAGAAGUUUAGAGAGGUCACCGCUAAAGACGAAUGGAAAAAGGUUUCCGAUACAUUGCUGUACGUAUUCCAGGUGGUCCUAAAGCUUGUUGACGAUCCUCUAAUACCUUUUAGCAUCGGUGGUUAUGUUUCUGUCGUUGAUGAGCUCUUUAAAGAUCUUCAAAAGUCCACAGAUCAUCAGCUGAAUUUUGAGCCCAUUAUGGAAGGAAUGCUGUUAUGGAAGAGGAUUGGUCUACAGUGGGAUUCAUGGGUGAGCGCAUGGAAUAACAUUGUUUUACUUGAAGAUGAUGGAAUUGAGCCUUCACUGCUAUCGGUCGAUCGUUGGACAUGGAACAAGAAACUCGCCAAUAUAGGCAAAAGACAAUGCAUAUCAGAAGGUUUACCUGAUAGAAAGUUUUACAAGAACAAUGUAUUUGGCCCUGCUUUAUGGAUGGACGAUUCACAUGACUCAUGGAGCUUCCCCGGAGUUCGUGAUGCGAUUGCUGAUGAGGACUGGGAGCGCGCGCAGGAACAAAUUAAUUCUCUGGCAAAAACUCUACACAAGUCGGCAAACCUUUUCAUUGAAGAGACUAACGAUGUCAAUUGA